CGAUCCUUCUUGCCAGAUUGUACAUCUAUACUCCUCCACUUCAUCACCCUCUUAGAUCGCCGGAGAUGACCCUAAUAACCACAUCUCUGACGACGUCACCCAUCAUGACUCACCCCGAUGUCCUCCCUGUCAUCCUUUCAUUCGCCGACAGGCAAACCCUCUCUCGUUGUAUGCAAGUCAGCUGGAAGUUCUUCAACUUCGCCUCCCCUUAUUUAUACUCAAACAUCCGACUUAUCCCAAACGAAGCUGACGCUUUCCUCUACGGCGCGAGCUUCGGACCGAUAAUCAUGGAAGAUGGUUCAGAACGUGAUCUGAAGCGUGAGCUUCUGGCUAUGGUCAAGGUCCUCAACAUUGAGAAACAUCAGGGAUGCAACGGUUUCCUAGCGACCGCUUGCUCUCGGUGGAGGGGACUAGGGAUAGAGUUUCCUUCACUCAACGUCCUAAGAGUAUGGAUGGGUCCCAACAUGUUCGAAGGCGGCUGGUUCAACUGCCCGUGGAUACCCAAUAUGUCGCCCCAAAAACUCGUCAUGCGAAAUGUCACCGCUAUCUCUGCCGGCAAUUCGUAUACCUUUGCCCCCCGAGACUUGUUACGCAAAGUGCAAAAGGUUGUAGUGGUAGUACCCAAACUCCGGAAUUUAUCAGAGAUCAACCAGGAUGCUCUUAGAUCCCAUCGGCGUACUUCAGAGUCUCCGAUCGAACCUGGGACAGAGACCGUCAUUGUCUUCUGGACAGAAGGUCCAGAUUCAGGUUGGUGGGCGGAGGCACCUCUUGCGGAUUACGACAAUAUCAUCGACCAGCUAGUCAUGUGUUCUCUUGCCGAAGCAGAUAGGUUGACAAUCUGCAAUGCUGGGUCAAUAUACCCUGUAGUAUCUGAAAACGGAGACUGUGUUGCCUAUGUUAGCUAUCAGGAAAGAGAAGGGGAGGUGGCAGCGGCGGUGAAGCGCAAGAUUGAGCAAAUCUCGCGGAGGCGAGGAGAACUGGCCAGACUGGGCAAGCGAUUGGAAAGCCUAAGGUUCAUGUCGUUUGGAGAAUACUUGGGAAAAGAGGACUGGAAAGGGGAGUUCGAUCCGGAGGAGAUGGCUCCAUGGGUAUUAUCGUAAACAGCAAUACUUGCCCCCUUAUCACCGUCCAACGUCAUCCCUCGAAUUUCACAGUCGCGGGCCUGGGCUAUUAGUCAACAAUCAUCUGUCUAACCAUCCACCUCUUCGACUCAUCUCAACUGCAUAUAUCAUGAACAACCGAAUCAGUUGGUGUGUGUUUAAGGGAUCAGAAUUUGGAGGCAGUGCAACCUACAUUGUGCGUCAGACCUGGAUAACAACCCACAUGUAAAGAUGAUGUAGAUGCCACGACUCUUUGGUCAUCUGCUUCUCUAGGAGAAUGUGACGUUAUAUCUAGAGCUGGCAAGUCGGGGUUGGAAGGUCUCGAGCAUCUUGGGCGGAGAAUAAAGAGUGUGGAUCACAAGAAGUCUCCUUGAGUCCGCCAUACCUUUUGCUUGUUGCAAAAUGUCAGUUCCGUCAUAACCCAUUUACGUUUCCUCUCAACAAAUAGUCGCCUGAAUUGUCCUGAUCUUCCUCAGCUUCUCGAAGGUACCAUCUUUGACAAGUAUGAGUAGUGAGACAGUGACAGAAAAAAAUGGCUGGAUUGAGGCGCAUAAUUCAUUGAUGAUGAAGGUCUCUUUUGAGGCACUCCUUCAUUUGCUCGGAACUUCAGUCUCUAGUUGCACCUUAACGCAUGAGUCCCUCUUUUCAGCUUUGGGUUGGGGUUUCUCCCGCUGCUUGUGCUAGGACCUAUGGUGCGAAACUGUGACAGUUAUCGGCCAGUAUUCAACAUGUUUGUCACAGGAUGGGGUGUGUAGGCUGUUUCAAAAGAUAAACUCCAGAUGUCUGGUUCAAGAUGGAGGACCGGGUGAAGACACUAAGAAUGAAUUGAUUAG